GUGUCAGCCAAUCCAAGCGCAGGAGGCGGGACUUGUAGUAAAAAAAAAUGUACACAGGAGGCGGACCGUUGGAAGUUUAAAGGGGUACAGAACUCAAUAGUUAUAUAUAAUCUAAUCUCGGAUGUGUGCGCAAAAGUGUUGGGGCUUUUAUUUAGCGUCAGAAAUGACUGAGUCCCAAACCGAUUAAUCCGGCUGUGUGAAUGGGAAGAGCUGAUAAUGUCAAAACUUUCUCUUGGAGGAAAGACGUCCUCUGGUAAAUUACGCAGCUGGGUACAACCAUCCUUUGGUGAAAUUUUCGGUGGCUCCGGGUUGAACACCCUCCCCUCGACAAAGGGAUUUUCCGGCGAAAGCAAGUCCAAAGCACGGCCCUCGAGUGCGGAGGUCGGCGGAAAGAAGCAGAGGAAGAGAAAGGGAGAGCCUCAAACGUCUAACCCCGAGCCUGGUGUCUUCUCGAGCAGACGAGGAUCACAGGAGAACCAGGAUGAACCCUGGGUGGAUGUGCAUGCGCCUCAGACACAAGCCGAGUUGGCGGUCCACAAGAAGAAAGUUGAGGAAGUCGAGAGUUGGUUGAAGGUCCAUUUGGACUUAAAGAGCAGUAAGAAGGGCGGCGCUCUUUUGUUACUCACCGGCCCAUCCGGCUGUGGAAAGACCGCCACAGUUCACGUCCUGGCUAAAGAUGCGUGCUGUCACAUCCAGGAGUGGACAAACCCGACGACGGCGGAGUACAGGACGGACGACUCCUUCAGGGAGAGCUUCAAUCCAGCCUCCAGGUUUAACAUUUUCCACAGCAGCUCGCAGACCGCAGCUUUCCAGGAGUUUCUGCUCCGGGCGAACAAGUACAACCGGCUGCAGAUGAGCGGAGACGACGAGGCUCAGGAGAGGAAGAUCAUCCUCGUAGAGGAUUUUCCAAACCAGUUCUACAGACAGCCAGGAUGCUUGCAUGAUAUCCUCAGGCGUUUCGUGCGGACCGGUAGGUGCCCGCUGGUCUUUAUAGUGUCGGACAGCCUGAGCGGAGACACCAGUUCCAGACUCCUCUUCCCCAAAGGCGUACAGGAGGAGCUGAGCAUCCACAACAUUAGUUUUAACCCCGUAGCCCCUACCAGCAUGAUGAAGGUGCUGAGUAGGAUUGCAACUGCCGAAGCGAGCAAGGUGACAGUUAAUGAACAGUUUGUUGACUCAUUUCAGCACCUUCUGGCCCGCUUUCAUGUCUGCUUUUACUUGGCCGGUUUCGUUUUUCAGAGCGCUGGAAGGAUCUCUGUGCCUGACAAGGCGGUGCUGGAGCAGCUGUGCUCUGGAAGUUCUGGAGACAUUCGGAGUGCCGUCAACAGCCUGCAGUUCUCCUGUUUCACCGAUUUCUCGCUGGAAAAAAGCCUCUGGGCUUCUAAGAAGGGAAAAUCUGCAUCCAAACCCUCAGCGAGACCCAAGGGCAGGGGUCGGUCCGCUAAAUCCACCGACGUGCCGGAGAAGAGCCCUGCUAUUGGAGGAAAAGACGCGUCCCUCUUCCUCUUCAGAGCGCUCGGGAAGAUCCUCUACUGCAAGCGAGAAAGCUGUGAAACUGGUGAUGUUCCUAAGCUACCAGCGCAUCUUUCAGAGCAUCAGAGGGAUAAGCUGCUGGUUGACCCAGAGCUUGUUAUCGAGCGCUCUCAUAUGUCAGGUGAGUUCUUUAACCUCUACCUGCACCAGAACUACAUGGACUUUUUCUCAGACGUGGAGGACGUGGCGCGGGCCAGCGAGUACCUCUCAGACGCCGAUUUCCUGACGGCCGAAUGGACUUCCAGGUCCACCAUGUUGGAGUAUGGAUCUUCAGUGGCCACUAGAGGGCUCAUCCACUCGAACAGCGCCCGCGCUCGGGCUGCGCACCAGUCGUCAGUCGGCUUUAAGCCACUUCACAAACCCCACUGGCUGCAUAUUAACAAGACGUACCGAGAGAACUAUCUGACGGCUCAGUCGCUCUUCGUCAGCUUCUGUCUGACACCCAUAAGCCUCGUGACUGAGCUAGUGCCCUACCUGGCCAAGCUCAGCAACCCUAUGAGGAAUCAAGCUCAGAUAACCUUCAUCCAAGAUGUCGGCCAUCUGUCUCUCAGGAGAUUUCCUGGCAGAUUAAAACUUGAAGCACUUGGUGAUAAAGACCCUGGCCUGCUGGACCUGGACAGUGAUCAUGAAGAGGCAGGAACCCAGAGCACUGAGCCUGGCAUUCAGACCACUCUGCCAGGAGAUACCAGCGCUGUGCCCACGCUCCCAAACAGCCAGGAGCCAGGGGGCGACCUCCCCGCCAGCCAGCCCCAGCCAACCACCUCCGAGGCCUUACUGGACGAGGAGGACCUUCGAAUCGAGGAGUAUGACAGCGACUGACGAAGCUCACGCUCCUGUUUCCUGUAUAUCGUCCACCGUCGUUGCCUUAAUGAGCCCCGGUUCUUACGUUUAUGUUUUGGCAUCACUGUGUUUUCGCAUAUGGUUUUAUAAUGUGAAUAAUGAGCAGGUUUAAUAUUUAUUUUGUUCAGCACAAACAGUAGAGAGUCUUUGUGUCACGUUUAUGUACAUAUUGGUGUCACGGUGUUCCUAUUUGUCUCGGUCAUUGGGACCUACAGAAAGUGAGUGUUUAUAUAUGAUCUUUUUUUUUCUUUUUCUUUUUUUAAAAGCUUUUGGACAUUGUUAUACUGCUCUUUGGUGUCCAGAAUAAUAUAAUUCUGACAUGUUGGUCGUUUUAAUAAGUGUCAUGCUUGAGCAGGCAAUAAAAUUUAUGUUUUGCAA